AUGGCUGGGUUUGGGAAACACCUCCCACCCAAUCUUGCUGAUCUGACGUUACCUGUUUCAGUUUGCACUGAGAGCUGCCUUCCUGGUUAUUUCAAGAAAAAGCAGGAAGGGAAGCCAUUUUGCUGCUAUGAUUGUUUUCCAUGUCCCAAAGAGAAAAUUUCAAGGCAGAAGGAUAUGCAGGAUUGUUCUAAAUGCCCAGAAGAACAAUAUCCAAGCAAGGAAAAAGAUUCAUGUCUUCCAAAGAAAAUAUCUUUCUUAUCCCAUGAAGAACCAAUUGGGAUAACCUUAGUCAUUCUGGCACUUUUGUUUUCUUUCUGCACAAUUGGGGUCCUGGCAACAUUUCUGAAAUAUCACCAUACUCCCAUUGUCAAGGCCAAUAACCGAAAUCUCAGCUAUGUUCUACUAAUCUCCCUCCUUCUCUGCUUCCUUUGCUCACUGCAGUUUCUUGCUACACCUGGAAAUAUUAUAUGUCUCCUCCGACAAAUUAGUUUUGGCAUCAUCUUCUCAGUGGCUGUGUCUUCUGUGCUGGCAAAAACCAUCACUGUGGUUAUGGCUUUCAUGGCCACCAAGCCAGGAUCCAGGAUGAAGAAAUGGAUAGGAAGAGGCUUGGCCAUAUCCAUUGUUCUUACUUGUUCCCUGAUUCAAGCAGGCAUCUGUAUGGUGUGGCUCUUUGCAUAUCCCCCUUUCCCUGAAGUUGACACUCAUUCAGAAAUUGAAGAAAUUGUGCUGCAGUGCAAUGAAGGUUCAGCUACCAUGUUCUACUGUGUCCUGGGAUACAUGGGUUUCCUGGCAGCUGCCAGUUUUACAGUAGCAUUUUUCUCCAGGAAGCUCCCCAGCAGUUUCAAUGAGGCCAAAUGCCUUACAUUCAGCACGUUGAUCUUCUGCAGUGUGUGGCUCUCAUUUAUUCCUUCCUACCUGAGCACCAAAGGCAAAUACAUGGUGGCUGUUGAGGUUUUCUCCAUUUUGGCCUCAAGUGCUGCGUUUCUGAUUUGUAUAUAUUUCCCAAAAUGUUAUGUAAUCAUUGUUAGGCCAGAAUUAAAUAAUAGAGAGCAACUUAUUAAAAGAAAAAAGUGA